ACUCCAACAUGAAGACUUUAUCACACAUUGAAUGUUUAUAACCAUAGGAUAAAUUAUUAUAAAUAAUAUGGUUUAAACCAUUGUGUGAGCUGAUUUGUUUUUUAGAGAGUGCUUGAUUGUAGCUCCACUUAAUGAGAGGCAGGUUUAUGGGGGGUUAAAGGCUCUGAAUCCAGGUCUGAUGAGGAAGUAGCCCACCUCUAUGAGGGGGAGCAACUCUGCUGACAACUAACUAUGGAUGUCUGAGGGCAAACAUCAUCAUGUGSCUUAGUGGUGCUCAGUCGGUGCUGAGGUGUGCGGAGGAGGGGUAGACAGCCCUGGCAGACAGGUGCACUCCUUCAGUCCUCCCUUCAUUUCGUCUCGGUCCGGUCCAGCGACGGAACCAUGGAUUCCCGCAAGGAGAGCAAGGCGAGGAAACAGCCCAUGAAAGCCAAAACGUCGAAGCGAAAGGAGAAGAAAUACAAACAGGGGGGGUUCGUGAGGAGGAAAUCUCUGCGGUCCUUCAGGGAUUUCAUGGGAAGGGUUCUGAAAACUUUGGGCACUUUGACGCACUUCGGCGACGCGGAGCCGCCGGACGCGGAGGACGAUGACGGCGGCUUCGGCCAGGGCGCCCCGGGUCACGCCAGGGACGCGCUCGGCUCCAGGGAGCCGGCGGGAGCCGCGAAGAAGAAGGGCUCCGUGGUGUCCUCCUCGCACGGCUYGGUGAAGGACCGGCUGUCGUGGUGCUACGGUGACAAGACCCCCGGCGUGCUGGGGCUGAAGAACCACGGCAACACCUGCUUCAUGAACGCCGUGGUCCAGUGCCUCAGCAACACCGACCUGCUGGCCGAGCACCUCGGGCUGGAGCAGUACAAGGCGGACGUCCGCCGCGGGGGGACGAGCGGCGACGCGCGGGGAGAGGAGGCGCGGAGCUCCGGGGGAGAAGUCACGGAGCAGCUGGCGACGCUGGUCCGGGGGCUGUGGACCCUGGAGUACACCCCGCAGCUGUCUGUGGAGUUCAAGAGCAUAGUGGCCAAAUACGCCUCUCAGUUUCGGGGAAACUCUCAGCACGAUGCCCUGGAGUUUCUCCUCUGGCUUUUGGACAGAGUUCAUGAAGAUGCCAAUCCCAGCACUGACAGCAACAACAGCAGCAACAGCAAGACCAAAGUCAACACCAAGGAGGCCAAUUCACUGGARAAUCCUUCCAGUCCCGGUUUACCCAGCACACAUCAGCCUCGGAGUCGUCACAGUUUUGUCCAGGAACACUUCCAGGCACAAUACAGGUCUUCUCUCACGUGUCCUCAUUGCCUUAAACAGAGCAACACCUUCGACCCGUUUUUAUGCAUCUCUCUGCCUAUUCCUCUGCGACAAACCAGGUCAAUGUGUGUGACGUUGGUGUUUAACACAAAGGGUCAGCGAUAUCUGCGAGUGGGGCUUGCGGUACCUCUGUUUGGUUCUAUAUCCUGUCUUAGAGCCAUGGUAGCAGCAGAGGGCAACAUCUCCCCUGACCAGAUCAUCCUGUCUGAGCUGUACUCCACGGGUUUCCAGCGUUCUUUCUUUGACGACGAUGACUUGACCUCCAUUGCCGACGGCGACGUUGUCUACGCCUUCCAGGCUCCUCCCCUCCCCAGUCGUGGGGGCACCAUGCCGCGCUCAGGGUAUCACCACAGCCUCCCCUCGUCUCCCUACUCCUCCUCGACCGGGCCUGAGGGUCAGAGGCUGCCUGCAUCAGGACGCCUCUCCUCGGAGUACCUGAACCACAGCAGCUCUGCCAAAAUCACUCUGCUCGUGUGCAACACAGCCGGAUCGGGCCAGCAGGCGGUCAGAUUUGGGCCUCCUUUCCUCCUGCUUGAAGACAGGAGCAUGUCGUGGGAGCAGCUGCAGCAGAGCAUCCUCAGCCAGCUUUAUUACCUCAUGCUGAGUGGAGCUCAGGCUCAGAACGCUGCGGCGUUUAAGAUCAGAGUGGUGGGAGGAUCUGCAUCCUACAGCUACCUGUCCCCACAGGACAGCAGACCACUGUCCCACUCUGCUGUUGACAGAGCUUUAAAGUUCUGUGGCCCGGGUGGACCACGACACGUGAAGCUUGUCAUUGAGUGGGAGCACAGCUCCAAAGACUGUUUGUUUGGCAGCAUCCAGGAGGAGGUGGUAAAAGAUGCAGACAGCGUGAGGAACCAGCAGCAACAGCACCUUCAGCAGCACAACUGUACCCUGGAUGAGUGCUUCCAGCUGUACACCAAAGAGGAACAACUGGCUCCGGACGAUGCYUGGAAGUGUCCCCACUGUAAGCAGCUUCAGCAGGGCAUGGUGAAGAUGAGCCUGUGGACGCUGCCCGACAUACUCAUCCUCCACCUGAAGCGCUUCCGACAGGUUGGUGAGCGACGGAACAAGCUGUCAACCUUAGUGCGCUUCCCCCUGACCGCUCUGGACAUGGCCCCCCAUGUGGUGAAGAGAAGCCAGAGUAUGAAGAACCUGCACCAGGGGUCUUCACUGCCCUCAAGGAAACAGUCCUCAGGCCAAAACCAUCAGUCGUCCAAACUAAUCCUCCCUCACGAUUAUCUGUAUGACCUCUACGCUGUGUGUAACCAUCACGGAGGAAUGCAUGGAGGACAUUACACUGCUUACUGUAGAAACUCGGUGGACGGUCAGUGGUACAACUACGACGACAGCAGUGUGGACCUAGUGCCUGAGGAGGAAGUGUGCACCAAAGGAGCUUACAUCUUGUUCUACCAGAGGCGUAACACCAUUCCUCCGUGGUCGGCCAGUAGCUCCGUCAGAGGUUCCACAAGCUCAUCAGCAUCAGACCACUGGUUGAUUCGGUUAACGGAGGACAGGAGAGGUAGCCUGGUUCUUCGCACCUCCACCUCCUGUCCAUCUUCCAUACCUGACUCUCCAGAGUCGACAGUCUUCCAUAAUAAUGGCUUUAAAGAGGAAAAGGGUGGCUUUGAGAGCAGGCCGUUCGUCAGGGGUCUUCAGGGACGCAGUGUAAGCAUGAGGGUCCCCAGCAAGACGAAGGACAGCCUGAGCAAAAUGCUUCCUCUGCGCUGGUCCUUGGGUUCCAAGGACAGGAAAAAAAAUGACAAAGUGCCUUCCCCCAUCCAGGAUCCUGACCCUGCGGAACUAGUCCAGUACUUGGAGUCUGGCCGACGGCCUCGGUGCACCAAAGAUUCAAUCGUGACGGUGAUGAAUGAAUCGCAAAGAAGCUCAAAGAAACUGAAUCGGGCCCGCAGUGGAAGUGUCCGGUCCUCUGGUGUUGGCAGUAUGAGCUGCGUGGGCAAGAUGGAAGAGGACCCACCUUUGCCACAGGUCCCAGAGGGCCAGAUGAGGCCAUCGGAGAAGGUGGCCAGCCUGAGACGGAAGAAGGAAAGUCAGGCCAGGGAGGAGAAUUCAGUCAAUCUCAGCUCUAGCUCCAGUAGCAACACUCUGACCAGAAGGAAGGAUGGAAGGAGGCAGAGCUCCUCCAAACCAUCCCAAGAUGCAGAGAUGAGACAGAGUUCCAGUGCCGGGGUCCAUCCCAGCCACAGCACACCCAGCCUGGCAGACGGGACCUUGAGGCGACCAAAAGAGGACGGGGCCGACAAGGAUCACCAAAGUUCAAAGGAAGACCCUAAGACCAAGAAAGACGAUGCACCCAAGAGCCACGACGGCCUCUUCUCUUUCCUGAAAGGCAACAUCAUGAAGAAGGAUAAGGACCCUAAAAAGGUUGAUGAGGGUGAGUCGAGUAAAGGGAGGAGUGAGGACAAAAGCAGGAGGACUUCGUCAUCUAAGACUGCGCUGUCUAAUGGGACAGCAGGAGGCAGAACAUCAGUGGGAGGAGUCAAGUCUAAUGGUUCAAGCCAUCAGGUGAAUGAGCUGGCCAAUGGGAAGUUGGGACGCUCUGAUAUUAAACGCUCACAGAGCUCCUCUAACAUUCCCACCAAACCGGAGCAGAGCGUGCGCCGAACAGCGUCUUUACAUCGGAAUGGGAUGCCUAAGGGACCAUCUAGGACACUCGCUACAGACACAGUGCAGAGGACUCGCUACAGCACAAACUCUCUCGGACGCAAAAAGCCCGUCCCCGAGUCCAGCUUCUGAAGCAGAGACCUUUUUUAACUGGUGAAGAAAGAAAACAUGAGCUUCCUGUCCCCUCCGUUGAAGCAAUACAGUUUUAUUCGUAGAGAUGUGAAAGGUCCUUCUCAGAAAAGGAAAAGCUCCAGUGGAUUUGCACAGUAGAGUAAAAGAUAGGGAGCAAAAUAAAGGUACUAUAAUUAUUAAAUAAGAUGCAGUUAGUCCAUUUGGUAACAUAAUUUUUGCCGAAGUGCCUGAACAACCUUAAUGCAGUUUUAACCAAUGAGUUUUGUCGGCGUCUGUCUAAAAACAUUGAAAACACAAACAUCCUGCACAAAUCUGUGUCUUACUAAUGUGUUGGAGGAAGUAGCUCCAUAUUGUUGCUUACAAUCAAGACACACUGAUUGUGUUUAUUUUAAAGAAUGUAUUUUUCUCCACUGGAUUAACAGUGGUGCUCUGAGGCCGUAGUUUCUGAUUAUUAACAUUUAUUAUUCUUCAUGUGAACUUAUUUUUAAUCUAAAGUUCAGGUUGACUUUAGAAACAAAGUUGUGUUUUUAUCCUCAUAUGAUCACAAAUGUUGAUGUUGAUUCAAUGCUUUAACUUUCAGAAACUAAAAAGAGUGCAUUUGUUUACUGUGAAGUUUUUUCAACACUUUUGACUUAAUCUCCUGACCUCCUUUGGCUGCUGCUUUUUUAAUGUUAAUUUUUUCUAAUUGCAAUAACACUAAGGAGGUAUGUUUAACUGUGAGCGGAGGUGGUGAGCACAACUGGUAAGGGAACCAGUUUUUUCCUUACUGAAAAUACAGAAUGUAGCCAUAUUCCUCCUUUUAUAAGCUGUUGUUCUUUUCAAGCCUAACUUCAGUAAAUGUUACCUGCUGGAGAGAA